AUGCUUUGGGGGUGGCGGGCGGAAGACAACCGGAAGAUGGAAGACACACGUGGCUUUUCAAAACAGUGCGGUUGAAAGGCGAAAAGGAAUGCUUCACAUCUUCCUUACUUGACAUGUUGCACUGAUGUACCCAACUCCUUUGUAUGCCCACGCUGGUCGUGAGCCUUUCUCUGGGGUAUAUGAGCCAGCAGAAGACUCCUUCCUUUUGAUUGAUGCCUUGGAAGUGGAUGCUGAUUUGCUGAGGCAAAGGAGACCUGCUGUUUGUCUGGAGGUGGGCAGUGGCUCAGGUGUGGUCUCUGCCUUCCUGGCAUCUGUGAUUGGGACUGAAGCGUUCUAUCUCUGUACUGACCUGAACCCAGCAGCAGCCCAGUGCACAGCAGAGACGUCUCGCUGCAAUAAGCUUGAUCUACAGCCAGUCAUUACAGAUUUGACUGAGUGUUUUUUGCCCAGACUAAACGGAAAGGUGGAUGUUCUUCUUUUCAACCCUCCAUAUGUUGUUACACCGUCCGAGGAGGUGGGCAGUCAUGGUAUUGAGGCAUCUUGGGCUGGAGGCGAGAGAGGCAGAGAGGUGAUGGACAGAUUCUUCCCAAUGGUUCCCCAGUUACUUUCCAAACAGGGCCUGUUCUACCUUGUUACAGUGUCAGAUAACAACCCAGAGGAGAUUUUGGCUCUGCUGGGGGAGUCUGGACUGAGAGGGAAGGUGUGCCUGUCCCGUCAGGCUGGAAGAGAGAGGCUGUUCAUCCUGCGCUUCAGUAAGAGUGACAAAGAAUACUGAAAAUCAGCAGCGUUCUCCGUACUGACUGACAUUCUCUCUCCGGAUGAGUGAAGGAGAGCUGGCCUGAGUGCCAUGAAACAAAUCUGAGAAGAGACAGUGGAGUGGGAUGGUCUCAACUUUUUUUUUUUUUAAUUCCUUUUCCGGACUCACUCUGAGAUUUUGAAUGGGAAACCAUCUCCCAGCUAAGAGGUAUAGAGCAGGUUUUUGUCUGAGGGUGCUGUGUGCUUCAUACAGCUCAGUGAUGCUUCAUCUGGGGGGGGGGGGAUUGCAGAUUACCUGAUCAAAAGAUUGGAUAGAAUUAAAGAUGUUCUCCACUUUCA